CAGCAGCACCGCUAUAAAACUAGAGCAUCCCAUCGUCGCAGCCACAUUAGGCUUCAAUCAGCAAGACUUUUCACACCAGGAGGGGCAUGAAACUGUCAUAACAAGACUUUCGACAAAUCCAAGAGUUCCAACAUGACAAAGUCUUACACCGAGGAAAGCAUGAUGCUUGAGUCUCAAACCACCGCAAACUGGACGGACAAGUGUCACAGCGGCUCCCAAGACGAGCAAGACGUGGAGAAGGAAAACGGGGAGCACGAGGCCAUGCACAAAGAUGAGGAGGACGACGACGACGAGAUGGGGCUCAGACUCGAAGAUGAGGAUGACGAGGACGAAGAGGAAGAGGAGGAAGACGGCGAUGACACAAAGCCGAAAAGACGCGGACCCAAGAAGAAGAAGAUGACCAAAGCGCGGGUGCAGAGGUUCAAGAUGAGGCGCAUGAAGGCAAACGCGCGGGAGAGAAACCGCAUGCACGGGCUCAACGACGCGCUCGAGAGCCUGCGCAAAGUUGUGCCGUGCUACUCCAAAACGCAGAAGCUCUCCAAGAUCGAAACGCUGCGAUUGGCCAAAAAUUACAUUUGGGCUCUUUCGGAAAUCCUGAGGUCGGGCAAAAGUCCAGAUUUGAUGUCUUUCGUGCAGGCCUUGUGCAAGGGCUUGUCCCAGCCGACGACCAAUUUGGUUGCGGGGUGUCUCCAACUGAAUCCCAGAACUUUUUUGCCCGAGCAGAGCCAGGAGAUGCCCCCUCAUAUGCAAACAGCAAGUGCUUCCUUUUCCGCUCUUCCCUACUCUUACCAAACGCCUGGUCUUCCCAGCCCUCCUUACGGUACAAUGGACAGCUCUCACAUCUUUCACGUAAAGCCGCACGCGUACGGGAGCGCGCUGGAGCCGUUUUUCGAAACUGCGCUCACGGACUGCACUAGUCCCUCAUUCGAUGGACCGCUUAGCCCACCUUUGAGCGUCAACGGGAACUUUUCCUUCAAACACGAGCCUUCCUCGGAUUUCGAGAAGAACUACGCCUUUACCAUGCACUAUCAGGCGGCGGGCUUGGCGGGAGCGCAGGGACACGCGUCUCUUUACGCGGGCUCUACGCAACGCUGUGAUAUACAGAUGGAAAACAUUAUGUCGUAUGAGGGUCACUCUCAUCACGAGAGGGUCAUGAACGCUCAACUGAACGCGAUAUUUCACGAUUCGUGAUUCUAAUGAACACUUGUCAGACUUUGUCAAUACUGCUCGCCAUGGUAUUCUGUUAUCGCCGAUGCAAAAAGAGCAACAACAUUAUAUGCUUAAUCUUAUGUACGUAUUUAUUGUUGUUACUGCCUUUAGGAGAAAAGAGAAUUUAUGUAUUCUCGUUCACCUUAUGUAUUAUACUCUAUAGCGCUUCUACGUUGCGGUCACAGGUGGGAAUAGGUGUGACCAUUCAUAAGAAUGUGUUACUGAUCCAUGCUACAAAAUCACAAGCAAUAAUUUGGAAACUAUGCAAUUUUUAAUCUAAUACUGGGCCAAUUAUAGAAAUGAAUAGAGACUGCUAUAUUUUUCAACCUACAUUGUACUACUUAUCUAUCCCAUACUGAAUUAUUUUGUUGUGAUUUUGUAUUGAAUUGUUAAUUUUUAUAAAGUCAAAUCCCUGCAUCGUUCCAUGCGACCCCCCAUGUCAAUGUUUUAUAAAAACGGAUUUAUCUCUUGUUUAUAAAAAACAGUGAUCAUAGUAAUAACGAAAAGGUAUAGCCAGCAGGCAAGUGCUUAAAAAAUCUGUAACGUUGCCUUAGCAAAUUUCUACUGUAAAAUCAUGCAGAGUUGCACAAUUCCGAUCCUCUGAAUCCAAGUUAUGUUCAACAAUCAAUGUAUUAUUUCAGUGAUGGACAAUGUUGAAUUGCUUGAGUGCUGGGAAAAUAUGUCGGUGUAAGAAGAGUCUCGGUAUUGUACAUAAAAGCUUGACUAUCACCAUUUAAAUUCACCCUGUGUAAAGCUGAAUGAGGGGCCUGUCUUUCUAAAAUGGAAAUAAAUAAAUAAUGGACUGAAUC